AUGCUUCAAAGAAUCAAAGGUGCCAUCGACCGCAGCAUCGCAGAGGAACAAGCCCGCCAACAAAAGGCGCUUGAAGCCAGCUCGUCCGCGAACCGAUCUGCGUCGACGUCGCGAAGAAAUGACAGCGCUUCGGGCAAGCAGGCGCGGCCUAAGAACCCGGGUUCUGAUGCUGGAGAUGCUGCGACCAACCCUGACCCUGCCAUAUUCGAGGCGGCCUUCGUAAUUGACGACAGCGACGAGCCGAGCCGAGCUGGAACACCAAAGCCUGCGCCUCCCGAGAAGGACGCGACCAACGGAGAGGCCACUGGCCACGCCGAGGCUGUUGAAAAUCCAAACGCCAACGCUGAUGCCAAAGAUGGUCCCUCACGCGAUGGAGCUGCUCAUGCCACCAAGCCGGCGCUGACUCCAGAACUCCGGCAAAAGCUUCGCAAGUUGGAGAAGCUCGAGGCUACCUAUCCCGAACUUCUACGCUCUUACCGCGUUGCACAUCGACGUGCCACCGCCAUCGAACCCUUUGAAAAGGCUCUUCGUGAAAACACACCGUUAGCUACGAUUAGUGAUCCGGAGCCUCUAAUCGAGUAUCUCAACCAGCUGAAGAUAAAAGGAGACAUGGUCAUGGAUGAACUUAAGCGAGUGUCCUUGGACAAGGAAGACCUCCAGAAGAUGUGUCAAGAGAUGCAGGACAAAAACGAAAAGAGCGAAAAGAAGGUCAAGGACCUGCAAGACGAAGUGAGCGCCCUCAAAGCCGAAAAGGAACAGAAGGCCAAGAAGCCGCAAUCCGAUGACACGGCAAAGAAAGAAUCUGGUGGAGAUGGCGAUUUCUUUUCCUAUGACGAAGAGAUUCCCCAGCUACAGGCCGAGAUUGCUGCAAAGAACGAAGAAAUCGAUUCUCUGAAAGCCGAAAGGGACGGCUUGAAGGCAGAGCUUUCCCUUAUCAAGCAAGACAAUGCGGAUUUGGCAGAGAGACUGGAGAAAUCUGCCCUACAGCUGAGCGAAUCCCGUGAAUCUUCUGCCUCCGAGGACUCUCUGCAGGCCCAGUUGGAAGCUCGAAAGACGGAAAUCACCAGCUUGGCAGACAGAUGCUACAAGUCUGAGAAGCAGAACAAGGAGCUCGAGGCCCAACUUGAGACGGAGAAGCAGCAAGCAGCAUCCAAGGCCCAGGAGGUGGAAGGUGUGCUUGCCAAAUCCAUCAAACAGGCUAGCCAGUUGGCUGAGGAGUUAUCUAAGACUAAGGCUGCCCGAACUGUCUCUAAGAAUUUGAUUGACCAGCUCAGCUCUCAGGUCGACUCGUUGAAAAAGGAGAGGACCGAGCUUCAGGCCAGGGCUGACGAGGUGUCCAAAAAGGUCGCUGAGAUGACCAAGGCGAUGGAAGAGUCGGCUAAGCAGCCUUCUGUUCCUGCUCCUGUCCCUACCGAGCCUGCCUCAACCCUCGCACCGCCUACAACAGGUGGCGGAGGGAAUAAGAAGAAGAAGAAGAAGGGCCGUGGCGGCGGCGGCGGCGGCGGCGCUACUAGUCCCGCACCUCCCGCUUCUCCCUCUUCUUCUGUCGCUCCUGGUACCCCCAGUGCCCCCGAUGCUGAUCAAGGACCAGAUACCUCAGCCCUGGAAGCUGAGAUUACCGGUCUGAAGGAGGAGCUGGCAGUCAAGGACAAGGAAAUCGAGCGGCUGUCUAAGCGGAGAAAGGCUGAGGACGAUCUCCGCGAAGAGAUUGAGACGCUGCAAGAGAACCUGAUCAACAUUGGCCAAGAUCACGUCGAGGCCAAGCAGCGAAUCAAGGAGCUCGAAGCGGAAAAGGCAGAGUUGAAGACGGAAAUUACUGCUUUGGAGAAGAGGAUGGCCUCGGCCGUCUCCGAAAAUGAGCAUGAAAAGUUGCAGGCUCUCCAGAACGACUAUGAUUCCUUGAAGGAUAAGUUUGCGACGGCGCAGGCUGACAUUGCCGCUGCGAACCAGCUAGCCCAGAGUCGUUUCAAAGAUGUGGCUGAUCUGCGUGAGACACUGCAGCUGCUUCAGCCUGAGAUUAAGAACUUGCGCAAGGAUUCUGCGGAUCUUAAGAUAGCCAAGGGAGAGCUUGCGGCCAAAGCCAAAGAGCUGAGCGACCUGGAUAAGAGAGCAAAGGAACUCGAGGUACAUCUGGCGAGUGCUCGACAGGAGACAGGCACCCGCAAUUCGGAGAUUGGGGUCCUCAAAAACAGAUUGGCCAUUGAGGCGGAGGACAAGAAAAAGGCCGAGGACGCCCAGCGUCUAUCAGCGCGAGACUACAGACGUUCCGUAGCCGACAUGGUUGAGCUCAGCGCAAAAGCAGAGAAGGCGGAGCGGGCUAUGCAAAAGGCUGAGGACGAUCUCUCCAAGGCGUCCGCACGAGUGAAGGAGCUUGAGGAGGAGGCGCGCGAGCUGAAGCGCGAGAAGGCAGCAGCCCAAGAGGAGCUCGAUUUCAAAACUAAGCAGUUCAAUGCGGCCCAGGGGCUGCUGAGCAACAUGCGGGACCAGCACAAAGAGAUGUUGGCCCAGGGUAGGGAGCAGCAGACUCAGACCAGAUCCCUGGAGGAGGAGGUUGGUGAAGUACGCAAUCUGUUGCAGCAACGCACGCAAGAGUGCGAGACGAUGCGGCGGUUGCUCGCAGAUUCGGAGCAGAAGGGAGAAGCCAAACUUAGAGAUAUGCGCACCCGACUUGACAAUCUCACUGCGGACCAAGACCAGCUCAACGCAGAGGCGAGCUCUUUGAUGAGAAAGAAUCUCAAACAAGCCGCCGAUCUGAAAGCACGAGUCCGGGAGCUGGAGGCAGAGCUCAAGGAUUUGCACGCCGAAAAGGCCGAGCUCGAAGAGCGGGAGCGAAGCUGGCGGCGCCGACGAGACGAGCUUGAAUCAAUCGAGCUUCGGACGGAGACGGAGUCGACCGAGUUGCGGAACACCAUCUCGUCGCUGAGAAGCGCAUUGGAUGCGUCGGAGCUGCAGCUUCGAGACGGAGAGAAGAUCAAGGCAAACCUGCGCAAGGAAUACGAGUCGCUGCAGCUGCUGCACGACAAGCUCUCCAAGGAGCUCAAGGCGGCGCAGACCAAGGCCACGGUGGCGGCAUCGGGCGUGGGCCAGUCGAGAUCCUCGUCGGGCGUUUCGACAUCUAGGACAUCGACGGACUCGACGCGUACCACUGCGGCCAACGAGCUGUCCGACAUGGACUAUCUCAAGACGAUUCUGCUACAGUUCCUGCAACAAAAGGAUGGUCGGCUGAGGACGCAGCUUGUUCCCGUCCUGGGCAAGAUUCUCAAGUUUGACAAGGAUGAUGAGAAGAAGUGGAUGACUGCGGUACAGCACAUUGAGGUGCGUUAA